UAACAAAGCUGCGUGAGUCGCUACUCAUGCUGGAGGCUGUGCUACGAGAUGCUGAACAUCCGCGACAAGAUCAUGGAGAUGCUGUGAAGCUCUGGGUGAAGAAGCUUGAAGACAUAGCUCAACAUGCCGACGAUGUGUUGGAUGAUUAUGGAUAUGAGCUUCUCCGGCGUAAGGUGCAAUUGCGAAACCAGAUGAAGAAAAAGGUGCAAGAUUUUUUUUCCCUCUCCAAUCCCAUUAUAUUUCGUGUUAAAAUGGCAUAGAAAAUUAAGAAGAUCAACACAUCUUUGGAUGAGUUGAAUAAGAAGGCAAGUGCUAUUGGCUUAGUUGCUAGACUAUCCUCAGAUGCAACAACUUCCCAUGGUAUAAGCACUGGCAGGGAAACCUACUCAAUCUUAAAACAAGAUGAAAACAAUAUCAUUGGAAGAGACGAUGUUGUGGCAGAUAUAGUCCAAGACUUGACCAAAUCAAACCACAAUCUGGAAAGUGAUCUCCCGGUUCUGGCCAUUGUGGGUAUGGGAGGGCUUGGAAAGACAACUUUGGCUAAAUCAAUAUAUCAUGAAUCUGAGAUAAGUCGGCACUUUGAGAAAAAGAUGUGGAUAUGUGUGUCUACUCCUUUUGAAGUCAAUUCAAUUCUGAGAGGGAUCCUGGAAUAUCUUAAACCAGAAAAUGCUGCGGUGAAAGGUAUAGAUGCAAUAUGUAAUAUUCUCCGUGAAGAGUUGAAAGGAAAGAGAUACCUUCUUAUACUUGAUGAUGUAUGGAAUGAAGAUGCUGAAAAAUGGAAUGAUUUGAAAAGUUGUUUGCUAAGAAUUACCGAUGCCCAAGGAAGCAGCAUUGUUGUCACUACUCGCAGUGACAAAGUUGCAAAAACGAUGGAGACCCUUCCUAGGUGUGAUUUGAGAAAACUAUCAGAUGAUGAGUGUUGGCUUAUAUUGAAGAAUAAAGCAGUUCCAGUCGGAAGUGUUCCUAUACUUGAAGAUCAAGAGGCAAUUGGAAGGGUGGAGGUGUACCAUUAG